AUCGUGAAGAACCCUAGAACUCAAAUCGCGCCAGAUCCGACCCAUAUUUUGCCGCCGCCCAUUUGUGUAUUAUCUUUCCCAGCGCCUUCAGAUUUAUAAUACUUUGCUUUUAGUGAGAAGAGUAUGGCGAGCACAAGUGUUCGUGGGCAGUUGAUUUUUCAGGACGAGAAUGCAUUAUUGGCCCAUGGAAAGAAGGCCGUUGCUCCGGUAAAAGGUAAGAGUUCUCUCGCAGCUCCAAAGAAAUACGGAGCUGGUUUUGGAAGCCGCAAGGCUCUUCAUGAUAUCACAAACAAGUCAAAGUUGCAACCUCAAGCUUCUUCCAAGACGAGGAAGAGUCCUGGAGAAGUGGACUUUGACAUAGCAAAGGAAGGUUACUUGCAUGAUCACCGCAAAUGCAUUGAACAGCAACAACAAAAUCAGUGGGACAGUUACUUAUCUGAACACAUCAUCCUUCAUUCACAUGAUAACGACAUUAAGGAAUGCGAUAUUAAACAAGAGGUGGAUGAUAAAAGCAGCAACACUUGGGAUAAUCUCAAAGAGAUACCAAUGGAGGAGUUUUCCGGUUUGCUGGAAUGCUCAACUCAGUGGCCCUCACCACCAGACUCACCCAUCCGUUACCACUCCUCUUUACCUUCAUCGCCUUUGCCAUGGCAUUUUGAAACUGUAGAAUUCAAGCUCAGGGAAGAUGAAGAAUGAAGACACCACCUGAGUUAAAAAAUUACUUUACCUUUGAUUCUUGUUACGAUCAAAUCUGUAGUAAUCCUUUACUUCCAGGAAUGUUGUAAUGAAACUACAAAUCUGAUUGAACCCCCUUUACUCA